UUCUCUCCUUCUACCAUGUGGGUCCGGGGAAUCAAACUCAGAUCCUCAAGGUUGGCGUCAAGUGCCGAGACACCCGCGGCCCUUGGCGGGGUUCCUUCAGGCUGGAGCCAGGUUUUUCUUGGUGGUGGAUCUUUUUCAGCCAGAGGGUCCGCUCACGAGGUUCGCGGAGCGCUGCAGACCGCACCCAGGCUGCUGCGCGCAAACCGCGAGCGCUCAGCAGUUGCCUUGGAUACGCAAACAAGGCCGGCGAGCGACCGCACGGCCGACCCGGGAGUCUCCAGCUCCUCCCCGCACUCCCAACAUCCGGUGGCCCUCCCGCCAGGGUCUCUUCCGGUCCCGCCCCUUGAGGGCGGUCGCCCCCGGCGACGGAGUCCCUACGCUACCAACUUCCGCAUUGGCCCACCCAUCGCGAGACUUUGGCGGCGCAGCAAUGGCCAGACCGUCAGCGCGCGUGCGUGGUGGCGCGCGAGGGCUCCCACGCGCAGGCGCCGGUGGGGCCGCGCUUUAGGCCGCGCGGGAGACGGCGCCUUCCCGAGGUCGAAACUUCCCAAGAAGGACAACCCCCGGCGCGGCCUGUGGCUGGCCAACUGUCAGCGGCUGGACCCCAGCGGCCAGGGCCUGUGGGACCCGGCCUCGGAGUACAUCUACUUCUGCUCCAAACACUUCGAGGAAAACUGCUUUGAGCUGGUGGGCAUCAGUGGGUAUCACAGGCUGAAGGAAGGGGCAGUCCCCACCAUAUUUGAGUCUUUCUCCAAGUUACGUCGAACAACCAGGACCAAGGGGCAUGGUUAUCCACCUGAUGUCAGCCAGCUCCGGCGAUGCAGGAAGCGCUGCUCUGAAGGUCAAGGACCCACAGCUCCAUUUUCUCCACCUCCUACUGAUAUCAUCUGCUUCCCCGUGGAAGAAGCCUCAGCACCUGCCACUCUGCCUGUGUCCCCAGCUGUGAGGCUGGAACCUGGCCUUAACAGCCCCUUCUCAGACCUCCUGGGCCCUCUAGGUGCCCAAGCAGACGAAGCAGGCUGCAGUGCCCAGCCUUCGCCAGAGCGGCACGCCUCUCCUCUUGAACCUCGGCCUAUCUCCCCGUCCGCGUACAUGUUACGGCUGCCUCCGCCCGCCGGGGCCUACAUCCAGAAUGAGCACAGCUACCAAGUGGGGAGUGCCUUGCUCUGGAAGAGGAGAGCUGAAGCGGCUCUUGAUGCUCUGGACAAGGCCCAGCGCCAGCUGCAGGCCUGCAGACGGCGGGAGCAGCGGCUUCGGCUUCGGCUGACCAAGCUGCAGCAGGAGCGGGCGCGAGAGAAGCGAGCACAGGCAGAUGCCCGCCAGACCCUCAAGGACCAUGUUCAGGACUUCGCCAUGCAGCUGAGCAACAGCAUGGCCUAGGACACCAAGGCUCUGGCCGUGCUUCCUCAGGCACUUGAUGGGGACUGCAUCCGCCAGGCCGGCCAGACGUCACAAUAAAGUGGAUGCUAGAAAGAGA